AUGCCGCGGCCAAAGCGACCGAAGUUGGUUCACACUGUGUCAUCCACCUUACGUAUGACCGAGCAUGGCCCUCCAUCUUCAAUUCAAAAGCGACAACGAAACACUUCUGCCUUAUCGGAACACGCAGCAAAUGCAAGCGACGAUACUGAUGGGUUGGUUCAGCGGAAGGCAGGCUGGACAAAGACAGAUGCGAUAGAGUCGGCUCAGUACACUAUGAGUGGUGCGCUGCGGCCUCACCCGAAUGCUGGUCCGAAGAAGAGCAUGCCAUCUGGAUCGUCAACAAAGGACACAGGUCGCUCAGAUACGCGGACUAGGAGGACUGAAAGUGUAAACACACAGAACCGCACUGGAAGUAGACAAAAACCUGGCGAUUGGGAAACCGCGCCGAUAGCAAUUUCGGACCCUCCGUUGUUGCCGUAUUCUGCUCCAGGCAAGCAAGCUAGCUUGGUAUCCACAUACAACGGCACACCUUUGGCUCAAUCCUCCAUGCUAGGUGCCAUUCAAUUCAAAAAGCGAGCCCGACAGCCUAGCCUACUAGAUCUGGCGCAGACGCAGCCAGACCUUACGUUAGAUUUUGACGAUGAGUUUCCAGACUUCAGGCCAGAUGACGAGUCCACGCCUUUGGUCAAGCCCUUAUCGAACUUAGCCAAUUCAAUACCCUCAGAAGCGCAUCAUUUGGGACCACGAAAGAGAAAAUUUUCAUCAUCUGAAGUUCAGGUUCCAGCAACCCAAUCCCAGCAUCAGGUAGAGUCCUCACUCAGUCUGUCGCCCCCUCGGAACGAAUCUCCUGAUCCACUACCAAGUGAUGCUUUACUACUGGAACCCACAUUACCUCGCUACCGUCAAGUCCGGACACCGUCGCCUUCUCUAGACAGAGAUACUAUAGAACCACCCCUCAGCAGUAGCAGUCCCGUAAAACCCCUACCCAGGAAUACGCGCAAGUCCAGAUCAGAACGUACUGUUACCAAAAGAAUCACUACUGGAAAGGAACAGCGACGCUCGGCUUCUUCACCACCGUCACCUCAGUCAACAACAUCAACGCCCCGUAAGGUGCUGUUACGUAAGAGGCCGCCAGAGCCGAAACCGUUGACUACAGCAACUCUGCAGAACUUGUUACCCCGCAGAAGAUUACUCAAACAGACUCAGAAUCCUUAUGAUGUUCUUAGCAGCAGUGAUGGAGAGAUCGAUCUUACGCAUCUAGGUGAGGAUGAGGACGAACUCUCACUGCACGCCAAGAGCAAAAUUCGCCGAAACAAGUCAAUGCUCAGCAACAACCCCAAACGGAGCUUAGCAGUGAGUAGCAAAGGAAAUCACAGGCUACCAGGUUCGAAAACAAAGCGAGAAUCCAAAACUUACUCGCGAAUCAAUGAUGAUGAAUCGCAUACAGAGGGUGACGAUGCUGGUGGAGAUCUCGAGGGAACGAGUUUUGAGAUUGAUCCCACCAACGGGAAAGCAGUGGCAAAUUUCGACGUGAAAGCGAAGGCAGAGAUGAAGCGCUUAGCGAACAAGUUCAAGGAAGUCGAUGAAUAUACGAUGGAAUUUGAGGAUAUGACAGGGGACGGAAAUUCAAGUCAGAUGAAGGAUGCUAGAUGA